AUGCAGCUGUGCAACUUCACGCAAGCCGAUUGGGAUGGAAAACAAUGGGACAAACUGAAAACCUGUUUCGCUACCAUGAAUCCGGAUAAAUGGAGAAAUAUGGAUGCAGUUUUCGACGAUGUUUCGACAAGUUUUGGUGCUCGGGCAGCGGAUGUCUGGAACGUUAUUACAAAAAGCUAUCUAAAAGCUGGCGCCACUGACAACGACUCCGUUUCAUGGUUCCGAAAUAGCACCACCUUCUUCACCGCGGCUUCUUUUACCCAAUUCAUCGUCAAAGAAACUGAACUCUGGCGGGAGCGCGGAAAUCCGCAGGUGUACGUCUACCAGCAAACCUACGCCUCCAAGCUGUCCCACUGGGGUCAGAGGCAGUAUCGUCGCACCGCGUUUGGAUGGUUAUAUACG